AUGACCCAUGAAAUUUUGACGCCAGCCCCCUGGCUAUUAGUUCUGAAAUGUUUUAUUGCAAUUUCAUCAAAUUGUUCGACGUUGACCAAACAUAACAAAUCUACCUGAUUCUAUCAAUUUGUAGGCUCAAAAUACUAUUUUCAGGAACAUAUCCUAAAUUAUCCCGAUCCCAACUUAGUCAUGCUCCAAAGAGGUACCGAAACCUGGUUCGUUGUAGCCACUCAGAAACCAUUGGGAGACCUUAAACACAUCGAAAUUUGGUUUGAUUCUAUUGGAAAUAAUGAAAAAUGGUACCUAUAUAGCAUUACUAUUAUCCAAUGCUUUCUGCUAUUUCAAUAUCACAGGUUUUGUUCAAAAAUUGAUAUCCACGAUAUCCAAAACGAAGAAUCUUGGUCGUUUGUGUUGGAAAAAUGGUUUGACGUCACAAAAGAAGACCAUAAUAUGUUCAUUAUCAAACCGACAGAGAAAAUAAAAGAAAAUACUAAGGAGAAACGAAAAUUUGGAAUUUUAAGUGCAAUUAAAAGUUUUUUAGGUAACACUAAGGAAGAAGUAAAUCUAUGGAAUUUAUUCUCCACUGAUCCCUUGCUAACCAAAAAAGAAAGAAUUUCUCUUAUAUUUUCUAUCCUUUUACUGAUGUAUUUUUUCAUCAUGAUACUUUAUGCAAUUCCAUGCUUCGAUGAAAGUGACGUCAUUGAUCCAAAUCGAUUUGGUCUUCAUCAAAAACUAACUUGGACCCCAAUAGCUGGUAGUACUGCGGCUUUUUUGAUGCAUAUUCCUUUCAUUUAUUUAAUUAAAAGAGGAAAAUUUCGAAGCCUCGAUGUUUAUAAAUUGAAAGUGUUUUCUUUCAUCAAAUUAACGUCGAAUUUGUGUUGGAUUGUAAUAAGCUCGAAUUGCCUAACUGCAGCUACUAUGUUAAUUAUUUGUGGAUUUUGGAUUCCAAUGGACACGAGUCUUUUAUGGCUGGUAUCUGUAAUAUUAGCAAUAUUCUUUCAAAUUUUUGUUCUUCAAACUAUUUUAUGUAUUGCCCUUAGUCAUUUUUUCAGAUUGUCUGUGCAGGUGCAAUCUUUUUCAAAGGGCAUCAUUGAUUAUGUUGAUCUUCAAAGAACUUGGAUAUACAAACGAUUUGGUGCUGUGGGACUAAGACCAUAUGUGAAUCAUUUAUAUUUUAGUUUGGAUCCCAUAACGUUAAAGGAAAGAAUUAAAUGGGCAGAAACAAAAAUGAAAAUUAAAGAACUUCUAGAAGAUUUACUUAUGAUUUCUUUAUAUGUCGCUAUGUUGUAUGUCGUAUUGAUGAUUGAUAAAGAACCAGAAGCUAUCAAUAGUAAUAGCGAAAUUAAAAGAUUAGUCUUUGGCAAUGUUAUUGAUAAUGAGAUGACCGUGAAGACUGUUAAGGACAUAGAAACUUAUACAGGCAAAGUACUGCUUCCGUCAUUCCAAUCAAUGCAUUGGUAUGGCAAUUUUGUCCAGAACAAUCCAGGGAUGACCAAAGAUUUUUCAAAUAAAUAUCUAGGUGUUGUACGUAUUAGACAACAAAGAACAAAAGAUGUUCAAUGCGAACACCCUGAAAUAAUGAAUUUUUUGAACAUGACUUGCCGGCCGGACCUCACUGAUGUACGAGAAACUGGAAAUUUUGCCCGAGGGUGGAAGCCCGAAACUGAACUUUCAAAUAUUACUACAGAACGUAUGGCCAAGGUUUGGAAACACGUUACAGCAAAUAUUGAUGAUGCACCAUCUUUUUUUGGCGAAUACGAUGUCUAUACAGCAGGCGGUUACAUAGCCCCUUUAGGAAGAAAUUAUAAAAACUCCCUUAUCAAUCUCGAGUACCUCAAAAAGCACAAAUGGCUUGAUUCGCGAACUCGAGCUGUUUUCAUUGAAUUUCUAACUUACAAUCCAAAUGUUAACGUUUUCAACAGCGUUACAGUGGCGUUUGAAAUAACAUGUACUGGACACGUUGCAAGUAGCCUAAAGCUACAAACUAGGAAGUUCCUUGUUGUUAAUCGGGAUACGUUGUUAACAAGAAAUGUACUCUACGUGUGUUAUUUAAUAAUGCUUUCUGCUCUUUUGAUUAGGAUAUUGUUUAAAGUUAUCAUGAAGAAAAGUAGAUACUUUUUAUACGAUGUUUGGCAAAUUUUUGAUAUCCUCAUUGGAUUAUUGAGUGGCUUAGCAAUUUGGUUCUAUUACGCCAGAUCCCAACAAAUGUUGGCCUACAUAACAGAAAUAUCUGAUGCAAAAAAUAACGAAUUUGUUAAUUACUUCCAAUUGUUUAGAGCCGACAGUAUUUUGACAUUUUUCACUGCCUUUCUAGUAUUUGUGGGCACUCUACGCCUUUGGAAAUUGCUAAGGUUUAUGAUCAUAGUUCAAAUCGCAGAAAAAACUUUAAAAGAUGCAGCAAUACCCUUACUAGUUUGUCUGGUCUUUCAAAUAGUGUACUUGAUAGCUUUUUCCACUGCCGGUGCUCUGAUGUUUGGAUCAAACAUUGAAAAUUUCAAAAACCUUCGUACAUCUUUCAUCACAUUACUUUUACUUAGUAUUGGAUUCGCAUCGAUAGACAAAGCACAAUUAUCGCGGGAACCCUUGGGUAUCGUAUUUUACAUGCUGUGUAUGCUAUUUACAAUUUUUUUCUCCACCACUUAUGUUACUAUUAUAAGUAUAUAUUAUGGGGAAGCGCAAGAUUAUUACGGCGACGAGCAUGGAUUUGUUCAACCAUACUUAUCAGAAAAAUGGACCUAUUAUAAGACCCUAUUGCUGGUAAGGUUUAGACAGUUAAGAGGUGGAGAAGAUUCACCUAGCGAAGAUUUGAUUAUAAAGCCUACCUCAGAAAGGUACGAUGAUUGUUAUGUCAUAGCAAAGAACCGUUUGGAUGGAAUGGCUUUCAUAUCAAUGUGUGUCCUACGAAAUUUAGAAGAUAAGUCCAAUUUUGGUAAUGAGGAUUUUGAACUAAUGUCAAAAAUGGUAAAAUCAUUAUUUAGUGAAGAAUCCUCUAAAAAAGAAAUAUUUUUUGCUAUCCGUGAUAAACAUCAGAUUAAAUUGAUUGAUGAUAGAAAAAUCACUCAAAUAGCAAAUAUUUGCGAAGAAUUCAUCAAGCAAUGUACAGUAAGCUAUUCAAGGAUUGCUAGAAAAUAUCAGAAACUUUGGAUUGAAGAGAGGAUUUCAAGAAUAAAUAAUCUUAUUGAUAAUGUGAAACUGAUUGAGGGGGUUUUGAAUAAUAUUGAAUUUAAUCAAAUAUAAAUUUAA